AGUCCACCUCAGUAUCUGCUAGCAAGUACACGUGUAUAAAAUAUAAACCUGAAAAAAUUAUACGUUAAAUAUUCAGUUGUUUGUCGGUUUUUGCCCCCCUCAGACUGCUACUCGAACUCGGUUUUUUUUAUCAUCAUAUUUUUGUUGGUAAAAAAGUUUCCAAAAUUUGGAAAUCAUUUGAUCCUUGACAGCGGCUCGAAAUGCGUGAAAUCGUGCACAUCCAGGCCGGGCAAUGCGGUAACCAGAUCGGUGGCAAAUUCUGGGAGGUCAUCUCCGACGAGCAUUGCAUAGACGCCACUGGAACAUAUUACGGCGAUAGUGAUCUGCAGCUGGAGCGCAUUAAUGUCUACUACAAUGAGGCCACCGGUGCCAAAUAUGUUCCUCGGGCCAUUCUCGUGGACCUCGAGCCCGGCACCAUGGACUCGGUUCGAUCCGGUGCCUUUGGCCAGAUCUUCCGACCGGACAACUUUGUGUUUGGUCAGUCUGGUGCCGGCAACAACUGGGCCAAAGGUCACUACACUGAGGGUGCCGAGCUAGUGGACUCGGUCCUGGAUGUGGUGCGAAAGGAGUCGGAGGGCUGCGAUUGCCUGCAGGGCUUCCAGCUGACCCACUCGCUGGGUGGCGGCACCGGGUCCGGCAUGGGCACCCUGCUGAUCUCCAAGAUCCGUGAGGAGUACCCCGACCGCAUCAUGAACACCUUCUCGGUGGUGCCCUCGCCCAAGGUAUCCGAUACGGUGGUGGAACCCUACAAUGCCACCUUGAGUGUCCACCAGUUGGUGGAGAACACCGAUGAGACGUACUGCAUCGAUAAUGAGGCGUUGUAUGACAUCUGUUUCCGGACUCUGAAGCUGACGACACCCACCUAUGGUGACCUCAAUCAUUUGGUCUCGGCCACCAUGUCUGGAGUGACCACAUGCCUUCGAUUCCCCGGCCAGCUGAACGCUGAUCUUCGCAAGCUGGCGGUGAACAUGGUGCCCUUUCCCCGGCUGCACUUCUUCAUGCCUGGAUUCGCUCCACUCACCUCCCGCGGAUCGCAGCAAUACCGAGCCUUGACCGUUCCGGAGUUGACCCAACAGAUGUUCGAUGCCAAGAACAUGAUGGCCGCCUGUGAUCCGCGACAUGGUCGCUACUUGACCGUGGCUGCCAUUUUCCGUGGCCGGAUGUCCAUGAAGGAGGUGGACGAGCAGAUGCUGAAUAUCCAGAACAAGAACAGCAGCUUCUUUGUCGAAUGGAUCCCGAACAACUGCAAGACGGCGGUGUGCGAUAUUCCACCGCGGGGUCUCAAGAUGUCGGCUACUUUCAUCGGGAACUCAACGGCCAUUCAGGAGCUCUUCAAGCGCGUUUCGGAGCAAUUCACUGCCAUGUUCCGCAGGAAGGCUUUCCUCCAUUGGUACACCGGCGAGGGAAUGGACGAGAUGGAGUUCACCGAGGCGGAGAGCAACAUGAAUGAUCUGGUGUCGGAGUACCAACAGUACCAGGAGGCCACCGCCGACGAGGAGGGCGAAUUCGAUGAGGACGAAGAGGGCGGAGGCGAUGAAUAAGAGAACGAAUUAGGCUGCUGCGACGAACAAGAAGCCUCUUGCACUACACAGUCACCACUCGCCAGCGUACACCAAUCAACACAACCAAAACAAAAACUACCGUCCCAAAAGGAGCUAGCGGAUGACCACUGAUGGAACCUAAAAUCGAGCACAAUUCCACACUGUUCCUUCGGAUAACACACAUGUUGAGAAAGCUUAUUCCAAUCGAUUGUUCAUAUUUCCCUUCUGGAUUUUUGUGGGAUAAUCACACUUCACACACCCACACACCCACACACCGAGACUUUCCCUCUUCUUUGGUUGCACUUGCUGUGAAUUCUAGGUUAUCAAACAAUAUAUAUAUUGAUUUAAAAAUAUUAAAAAAAAUUUUGAUAAUGCAAA